UUGCUUACAUCCAUAAUGAACAGCCCUACUCACGUUUUCACAGCGAAAGCACCGUUUAUCUCACGGGAAGUCGUCGGAAAUGAAAAACAACAAGGGGUGGAAGGUAGAAGAAUUACCGCAGAAGGUCCCGUCCACCGACACAGAGAAGUCCAGGUCACCGGGGUAGCGGAGGUUUCUUGCCCGGCCGACCGAGCGUCUGUCCGGGUCAGUGUCGGCAACAGCAAAGAGUCCGUCAGCGAAGUGACCGGCAGCGUUUGUCGAAGACUCGAAUACAUUUUACAGACUCUAAGACAGCAUGGCGUCAGGGAUGAGGACACCUCGGUGAGGAGGUUCGUCCACAGAAACGCUGACAUGUAUCGCAUGGACGCAGAGGUCGCGAUUGUCUUCUCGGAUUUUCAGAAGAUGGAGCAAAUAUGCAGCGUUCUGCUGGAGAAGCUGGACAAGAGUGUUUGCGUGGGGACACCUCAGUUCUACCACAGUCCUGGCUGUCUGAGUCAGCUGAGGCUGCGCGCCUGUGUGGCGGCGGUUGAAAAUGCUCAACAGAAGGCCAGCAGAGUCAGUCAGCUCCUGGGCCAAAGUCUGGGAUCCCCCCUGCUUGUUAGAGAAGAGGAAACCAAGGAGCGGAGAAGUGAGGAGGAGGAGGAGGAGGAGGAGGAAGAGGAGGGUGCAGGCAGAAAGCAGGGCUCAGGACACCAUCCUCGCUUCCCCCACAUCCCCACGGUCACUGCCUCCUCUCAGGUGUCCGUCUCCUUCAGCUUCAGAGACAGAAGCAGGAAAAAACUCUGA